UUCACCACAAUCAUCUACAUUCCAGUGACCCUGCUGGGAUGCUGCUUGGCAGCUGGACAGUCCAGUCCGAGACAAUUUGAAAUCGCGUCGCUGCCGGCGCACGAAGAAGGCUACUACCUCAACAGACAAUUCCAAAACAGCCCGAGAUCGUCAGAUGGAACCUCUGAACAAGAGAACGUCCGCCAAGUAGUCGAUUCCCAGGGCCGGUACUGGGUCGUAGCCGAGCCAGCGACUCCAGAACCCGGUUUUUACCUCAACCGGCACUUCCAGAAGGACAAGGCACCCAAACCCAAGAAAAACCUGGACAACAGGGUCUUCCUCGUCAAGAAGAACCCAGAGACUUCCGACAAGACGAUCGUCGAGGUGGAACCCAAGACAGCGAGGGUUGCGGACGCCGUGCCGAGCAUCCACAAGGUGUUCCCUGGACUGGCUGCGACGCGCAAGGCCCCAGUUCAGGCAGCUCUAACUACAGAAGCCAAAGCGCCUGUUGUUGUCUCUCCUACGGUAGCAAGACCCGAAUCACCAUCUUCCACAGCUGGACAGAGGGUUGCCAAUGCACAAGAUACAGUGGUAUCAAGCGUUGCAGGGGAGAAUAAGCCAAAUCCUGUUACUAGAAUCUCUCAGCCACCACAGGUAUCACCAAGCCAGACAAAGACAGAGCAAGGCGGCCGUUUCAGCUGUGAUGGAAAAGAGUUUGGCUAUUAUUCCGACGUCGAGAGUAACUGCCAACAGUACCACGUGUGUAAUCCAGUCAACUUCGGCAACGGUCACGUCAAAUAUUAUAAAUACAGCUUCAGCUGCAGCGACGCAAUGAGAUGGGAUCCUAUCAAGAGGGUCUGCGCAUCCCUGUCGACGGCUUCUCCUUGUCAAUGAUUUGACAAGAACCGAAAGAUGGCUGACUUCGUAAACGGUUUAUUAUCUAAUUUUUAACAAUAUCGACAUACUAACAUUCUUUGAAAGGAUUUACACUGAAAAGAAUGUAAUGCACUUUCCAAAUUUUAAAGAAAAAAAGUAAUUUAAAAAAAUCGUAACGUAAACGUCACGAUUUAGGUAAUAAUAAAAUCUAUGUAAACACGAAAA